AUGAAAUAUAAAAACCAAGAAAAAAAUAUUAAAAGUGGUUCUGCUGCUACAAAAAUAAAGAAAAAAUACCACUUUGCUAAUUUGUUAUCGUUUUUGACACCAAAUUUAAAUAGAAGAAGUACCUCAGGAAAUUUUAUAAACGACACACAAAACGUAUCAGAUGCUCAGGUUUCGGAUAGAGAUGAAGUGGCUGAAGAUCAUGAGAAUACAUUAUCAGACCAAGAACACCCAUCACAGCUACUGGAUAUGUCCUUAAGCGCACAGAACACCCCACCGAGUACUUCAAAAAAAAAUAAAAAAAAUCCAAAAAUGACUAUUUUUCAGAGCAAACUAUUGGAUCACUUGGAAAAACAAGAAUUAACUGACACGGAUGAACUUUUUUUGAAAUCUUUACUUCCUCAAGUAAAACAAUUAAGUGAUGGUAAAAAAUUAGAAUUUAAAAUGUACGUACUUAAAUUUUUUCAAAAUGAAUCUUAUCCACAAAAUAAUAAUUAUUCCUAUCAAACUCCAGUAUUUAAUCCUCAGAAUAAUGCUCCAUAUUUUUAUUCCGGGUAUCCUGCACCAAUUCCAAAUCAAUGUCCUCAACUACCUUCUUCUGAAAACAUAUCUGCACCUUAUCAACCAAAGCAACAACAUUUUCCUCCGCAUAAUCCCCAAGAUGGCAACCAUCAUCAAAUGUAA